ACCGCAGGGCGGAAUGUCGGCCGGCGGCCAUUGUCGGCAUUUAGAUAAGAAGACCGGUGCUCCCCCUCCAGUGUCCUGCUUCCUCCGCUCUGCCUGUGUCCCUUCUGGAGCCCAUUGGAGUUCACUGCCUGACCCGUCUCCCCUCAUUGUUAAAGACUAUUCGAUUGAUACCCAUCCUUGUUUCUCAAGGCGUUCUGUAAUUCUUCCCUUCUUGGCAUAAGAAUAUACCUACCUCGACUGCCGAGAUGCCGUCUGCAGCGCUGUGCGUGAGGACCCUGAGGGCGUACUCCAAGCAUGGCUCGAAUCAUGCCGCCCUGUUCGCCCGCUCCUUCUCCGCCACCUCGCGGAGGUCGGCGAUCAACAAAGUCUACCCCUCGGCGGCAAAGGCAUUAGAAGACAUGAAGCCCAACACUAUAGUCAUGUGUGGUGGAUUUGGUCUCUGCGGUGUUGCCAACACCCUCAUUGACGAGGUCUUGACGAAGAAGGAUAUCCAAGGCCUCACGGCAGUAUCGAACAAUGCCGGCACCGACACCAGCGGCCUCGGCAAGCUGCUCAAGUCGGGGCAGAUCAAAAAGAUGAUUGCCUCGUACAUUGGCGAAAACAAGACGCUCGAGCAGAUGUAUCUGACUGGUCAGGUUGAGCUGGAACUCACGCCACAGGGAACCCUCGCCGAGCGAUGCGCCGCUGGUGGGAAGGGCAUCCCGGCCUUCUACACCCCCGCCGCCACCGGCACCGUGGUGCAAACCGGCGAACUGCCCCUGCGCAACAACCCGGACGGGACGCCCGCACAGUUCUCCUACCCGAAGGACGUCAAGGUGUUCAACGGCAAGAGCUACCUGCUGGAGGAGAGCAUCCAGGCCGACUACGCGUUCGUCAAGGCCUACCGCGCCGACAAGCUCGGCAACUGCCAGUUCCGCCUGUCGGCCAACAACUUCAACGGCCCGAUGGGCCGCAACGCCAAGAUGACCAUCGUCGAGGCCGAGCACAUCGUCGAGCCGGGCGAGAUCGCCGCCGAGGCAGUGCACCUGCCCGGGAUCUACGUCAAGCGGGUGAUCCAGAGCACGAGCGCCAAGGCCAUCGAGAAGUACACGUUCAGGAAGGACGAGAACGAGGGCACCGACGCGAAGGCGGCGCUGGGCUCCGGCGAGACGGCCAACAAGAGGGAGCGCAUCGUGAGGAGGGCGGCCAAGGAGUUCAAGAACGGCAUGUACGCCAACCUCGGCAUCGGCAUGCCGAUGCUGGCGCCCAGCUUCGUCGGCCCCGAGGUCGAGGUACAGCUGCAGAGCGAGAACGGCAUCCUGGGCCUCGGCCCGUACCCACGGAAGGGCGAGGAGGACGCCGACCUCAUCAACGCCGGCAAGGAGACGGUCACGCUCAAACCGGGCGCGUCCGUGUUCGGCAGCGACGAGAGCUUCGGCAUGAUCCGCAGCGGCCGCAUCAACCUCACCAUUCUGGGCGCCAUGCAGGUCAGCGCCAACGGUGACCUGGCCAACUGGAUGCUGCCCGGCAAGGUCAAGGGCUUCGGCGGCGCCAUGGACCUGGUCAGCAACCCCACCGCCACCAAGGUCGUCGUCACCAUGGAGCACACAGACAAGAAGGGCAACCCCAAGAUCGUCAAGCAGUGCGCCUUCCCACUCACCGGCAAGUCGUGCGUCUCCAGGAUCAUCACCGAGCUGGGCGUGUUCGAUGUCGACUUCGCCAAGGGCCUGACCCUCAUCGAGAUUGCCGACGGCGUUACGGUGGAGGAGGUCAAGAGCAAGACGGAUGCGCCGUUCCACGUAGCCGAGGACCUGAAGCCCAUGCUGUAGGCGUGCCGAGUUUGCAUUGGGGGGCUUGACGAAUGUUGUAUUAUGUUUGGUAUUACACGGUGUAGACACGUAUAUAUCUGUCUCUGUCCCUGUCUCCGUCUCUGUAUCUAUCUCUAUCAUAGCUCUGGCGCGUAAUGAUGGAUGUCCUUAGUCA